AUGCGGCGCUCGGCCUCCCUUUUUGGCCUCCCGACGGUACGCACCGUUGCCGCAGCGGGAUGGCGCUACCACAGGCACGGCAAGCCAGAGAAGGUAUUGCAGUACGAGCGCUUUCGUGUGCCAUUUAAUCGUAGUGGCUCGCAGGUAGUGGUGAAGAUGUUGGCAGCCCCAGUACACCGACACGAUCGUAACAUGAUCUCCGGAAACCACGGGCCUGUCAAGGCGCUUGGGUUUCCGCAAGUGGCCGGUGUGGAGGGUGUUGGUGUUGUGGAGGAGGUUGGGGCCAGUGCAACACUCAAUUUGCAGGAGGGAGAUCUUGUCUGGGUUAACAAUCCGGCUGUUGGCACGUGGGCGACGCACAUCGUGACAGAGGCGGACAACCUGGACGUUGUGCCAAACCGCGCAGAUGUGGAUAUAGAGUAUCUUGCCUCACUAUCGCUUUUUCAUACCGCGUACCACCUGACAAACAGCUUUGUGAGUCUACAACCAAAUGAUGUGGUGCUUCAGACUGGUGCCUCUUCUUCAGUUGCGCAGAUUUGUCAGGGGUAUAUUCGAGCUCGUGGUGCGAAGCUUUUUCAAACGCUGCAGCUGGGACGCACAGAGCAUGCACACUUGGUUUCUUUUUUCAAGAUGCGGGGGGCCUUUGCGGUCGUGCCAUAUAACUACGUUCGUACCAACUACAUGCGCCGACUUCUUUCAGAUGUGCCACCACCAAAGUUGCUGCUGAACCACACAUGUGGCAACUAUGCAUCUAGUGUUGUGAACUUGUUAGGAGACAAUGGUGUAUGCGUCACGUACGGUAGCACAAGCGGGAAGCCAAUGCAGAUUGCGAACAUGGAUGCAAUCGCACGUGGUAUUCAGUUCAAAGGGUUUUUCUUGCCAAGCUGGAUACGCCGUCACACACGCGAGGCUAGGAUGCGAGUGCACCAGAAUGUCGUGGAGAGCAUGACCAUAUCUCAGGGCCACGGAAUAUUUCGGGCGCAGCGUUUCAAGAUGGAUGGGGACAGUCCAUUUGCCUUCAGUAACGCCUGGGAUGCUCCACUUGGAAGCCGAAAGCCAAUUUUGCGUAUGGUUGGCGAAUACGGCGAGUGGCGCCGUCCACGCUCUGAUCAAGCGGCAUGGAACAUUGGCCGUGCAGUUUGGGACGAUUUGUUGCAACAAAUGUGGGAAAGCGCUGGCACUACGGAGAAUCCGCAGUCGAUGAAAUAUUACACGCCUUUCAAGGAUAUCUACUCGCACUUCCAUGACGCGAAGCAGACGAAAGAGAUGGGUCAUCGUGAUGUGUUUUUCCGCCGUCCCAACGCCCCACGACACAACGCGGCGGAGCGAGCAUAA